AUCGUGCCGUAUCGUGCCGCGCUGCCCAGGGUCACCAUGUCUCUGUACCGCAACUCUGCCUGGUUCCUCAAGGGACUCACCCAGUUCACCAGAAAUGCCUAUGUGUCAGCUUCUAAGAGUUUUGUGGAGAAGGAUCUGGAGCCUUCUAUGGCGGGCAAGACCUUCAUGAUCACCGGAGCCAACAGCGGCAUAGGAAAAGCCACCGCCAUGGCCAUCGCCAAGAAAGGUGGUACGAUCCACAUGGUGUGUCGGAACAAGGAUAAAGCUGAGGAGGCCCGUGCUGAGAUUGUUAAGGAGACAGGAAACAAGGAGAUCUACGUGCACAUUCUUGAUCUGGCGGAGACCAGGAAGGUGUGGGAAUUUGCUGAGAACUUCAAGAAGAAGUACAAGACCCUCAAUGUGCUGAUCAAUAACGCUGGCUGCAUGAUGACGAAGAGGGAGGUGACUGCGGACGGUUUGGAGAAGAGUUUUGCCAGCAACUCUCUGGCUGUCUACAUCCUCACCAAGAGUCUCAUUCCUCUACUAGAGAAGAGUCCUGACCCCAGAGUGGUGACGGUGACCUCAGGAGGGAUGCUGGUGCAGAAGCUCCGCACAGGAAACCUGCAGUCGGAGAGGGGAAGCUACGACGGCACCAUGGUGUACGCACAGAACAAGAGACAGCAGAUGGUGAUGACGGAGGAGUGGGCUAAAGCUCACACCAACAUCCACUUCUCAGCCAUGCACCCUGGAUGGGUGGACACCCCCACCGUGGCCACCGUCAUGCCGGAGUUCCACGCGUCGAUGCGGGAGCGCCUGCGGACUCCAGAGCAGGGUGCUGACACCGCCGUCUGGCUCGCCAUCUCCGAGGCCGCUACCGCCAAGCCUAGUGGCAGAUUCUUCCAAGACCGGACGAUGGUGCCUGCUCAUUUGCCCCUGGCGUGGACACACAGCUCCUCCCUGGAGGACCAGAAGUUCAUGAGUGUGAUGGAGGACCUGGCCAAGAAGUUCCAGCCCCACUGAAGAGCAUCUUACACAUACACACACACACACACACACACACACUCCCCAACAGUAAUUAGCCAUAACAUAACAAGCAUAAAAUGUUACUGAAAUUCAAACACACCAACUCAUCUACACACACACACACACACUCACACACUGCAUUAACAAGUGACAGUAAAGCUGUGCAGCAUUCACUGAACUGUGUGUAUAGUGGUGUGUGUAGAGAUGUGUGUGUGUGUGUGUGUGUGUGUGUGUGUGUGUGUGUGUGUGGCAGAUAUGUCCUCUCUUGUGAACCUCUGGCGUUAACAGGUGUUCACAGAUGCUUAUGGUAUACUGUAUGCUGGUUGUGCAUGUUAAGGUUUGAAAACGUUAAUCCUGAGAUUAGAAUAUGAACGUUGAUGAUGGGUUUAAAGGUCACGACCUUUGACCUCAGGUCAUGUCCAGCAUGUAAACACAUGGAGCGGUAACAGAGGCUGCUUCAGAGGGAAUGAGUGACAGUGGCGUUUAAUCCACACAGCGCAGCCCUUCUUCCUCAACAGGAUGUGACUUACUGUACUGUACAUCCAUUGGUUCAGAUUCAUCAUGUGACGCUUCUAAGCCAAUCGUCUUUCUGUAUCAGUGACUGAACUAAAUGAGGUCCAUUGGGUGGGAACCCAUGUGACCCAAAGUCACUCCAGCUGUCAAUCAUUCCAUUUGCAAGCCAUCUCAAGUGUUCCCUGUCAAACAUCACUUCCUGUUACAGCUGGGCUCUGAUUGGUGGAUUAUUCAGGUGACAUCAUAAACCUGGGCGUGGGGAGGGGAGGGAUUAGAUGUAAUGGUUCAUAAUGGAGAUUCAUGACACACUAACAUGCUGCACUGGAGAGCCACACACACACCCACAGGAUGCAGCAGAGGACCUGCUUUACGUUUUCUGUUUUGUGUGUGUGCGUGUGUAACUCAGUUCACUCUGCUGUGUGUAUACGUUUGUUGGUUCAUUCUGCUGUGUGUGUGUCUCAGUUUAUUGGUUCAUUCUGCCGUGCGUGUGUGUAACUCAUUCUGUUGGUUCAUUCUGCCGCGCGUGUGUGUAACUCAUUCUGUUGGUUCAUUCUGCCGCGCGUGUGUGUGACUCAUUCUGUUGGUUCAUUCGUUGGUGUGUGUGGCUUGGCUCCUAUUCUCAGCCACUGAUUCUUCUCUAAUAAAGGCACAUGGGGUCGGAA